AUGAGCAAACGAGGCUCGCGAUCCAAGAAUCGUGGCUCUGUACUCCGAGAACAGGGCUCGACCGACUCGCUCAAGGAAAAGAAGAACGGAGAUGCGAACACGACCGCGACCAUGAACGGCGCAAUAUUGGAACAUCGGCGCAAGCAUGCUUCUUUCGAUAGCACUUCGCCCUCAAGUCAAGCUGCGUCGCUGAUGGGCAAUCCCAACUUCUCGCUCGAUGACGAAGUACCUAAGCUAGGACAGGAGGAUGAAGGACCAUCCAAGGGCUUUUUUGAACUCUCAAAGAAAGACCAGAGCAACUUCUUAUUGCUGGUUCUGCUGUACUUUCUCCAGGGUAUACCCAUGGGUCUGGCGCAUGGCUCCGUACCGUUCCUCUUGAAGCACAGUGUCUCCUACGCCGCGAUUGGUGUCUUUUCGCUUGCCGCGUAUCCAUACUCAUUGAAACUUCUUUGGAGUCCAAUCGUGGACGCAGUCUGGUCGCCUACUGUUGGCCGUCGCAAGAGCUGGAUUCUGCCAAUUCAGACAAUCUCUGGGUUUUCUAUGAUUUGGCUGGGCAAGAACAUCAACCGCAUGAUGAAAGAGGCUGGCGAGACAGACAGCGGGGUUUGGACCUUCACAUGGUGGUGGUUCGCGCUUGUGUUCCUGUGCGCCACCCAAGACAUUGCUGUAGAUGGCUGGGCACUUACUCUUCUCUCAAAGGAGAAUCUCGCAUACGCCUCUACUGCGCAAACCGUCGGCCUAACCGCAGGUCAAUUCCUCUCGUACACUGUAUUUCUGGCCUUCAACUCGAAGGAUUUUGCGAACAGGUGGUUUCGCAGCACUCCCGCAGAAACGGGCAUCAUGGAGCUGGAUGGCUACCUUAGCUUCUGGGGCUGGGCCUAUCUGAUUGUCACUUUCGGAUUGGCAGUCAUGAAGCGCGAAGACCGUGACAGGAACGGCGACGGCAUUGGAGAGGUCUACCGCACCAUGUGGGGUAUCCUCAAGUUGAAGAACAUCCAAAGCUUCAUCAUCAUUCACCUCAUUGCAAAGAUUGGAUUCCAGGCGAACGAUGCUGUCACGAGUCUGAAGCUCUUGGACAAAGGCCUAAAGCAGGAGCAGUUGUCACUUGUCAUCCUGGUGGACUUUCCCGUUGAAGUUUUCCUGGGCUACUACAUUGGCAAAUGGUGCCAGACGUACCCUCCGAUGCACAUUUGGUGCUGGUCAUUUGUUGGCCGCCUGGUCGCUGCAGGGUUUGCGCAGUUUGUCGUGUCGAUUUUCCCAGCCGGAGGUGCAUCGAGUGGAUUCCUCCUACUCGUCAUUGCGGAGCAUGUGCUCUCGACUUUUAUGAACACAGUCAUGUUUGUCGCUGUCAGCGCCUUCCACGCUAAGAUCUCUGAUCCGUUGAUCGGCGGCACAUAUAUGACUCUUCUCGCCACUGUCUCGAACCUUGGUGGAACAUUUCCACGCUACUUUGUUCUCAAGGCAGUUGACAUGUUCACCUCGGCGACUUGCAUGCCGCCUGCUGGUGGGCUCAAGGCUGGCCUGAAAGGACCCCUCGUCACGCAGCCUUUCUCGUGCGCCGUUGAAGCCGAGAAGCAUCGGUGCAUUGAAGGAGGAGGCGUGUGCAACGUCACAACGGAUGGAUACUACAUUGUGAACAUGCUAUGUAUUCUGAUUGGAGUAUUGACAUUCUGGGGGUAUAUCAAGCCUGCGGUGAUGAGGAUACAGGCAUUGCCAUUGCGCGCGUGGAGAAUUGCUGGGUAG